UGGAAUUAACUGAUUGGUCCGAAUUGUGUAUUUCGCAUUAUAUAUAUAUCUACUUAACGAUGUGCGACAAUAAGGCCGAUUGUGAUGAAAAAGUUGAAGAACCAACCAGAGAAGACGAUUGGCCAAAGUUUUUGUUUUUUAAUUAUAUACAAAUUUUAACAAUUUAUGGAUUGUAUUUAGGUGUUACAAAAGCUUCUUUUUUAACAUCUUUAUUUUGUGGAUUUUUAAUUGGGUUAGGUGUAAUUGGAGUUACAGCUGGGGCUCAUCGACUAUGGGCUCACCGAUCAUACACGGCAACAAAUUCCUUAAAAAUAUUUUUAAUGCUAUGCCAUACGUUGGUGGGACAAGGUUCUAUAUAUGAGUGGGUUAAAUACCAUAGGUUGCACCAUGAACAGUUCUGUACUCAUAAUGAUCCAUAUAAUCCUACCAAAGGGUUUAUUUAUACGCACGUGUACUGUUUUAUUCGAAAACCAACUCCAGAGCAAGAAGAAUUGGCCAAUAAAAUAGAUAUGUCCGAUUUGGAACAGGAUUCUGUUGUAAUGUUUCAAAAAAGGUAUUACUGGAUUCUCUACGCUUUAAUUAUGGUUAUAUUACCACUAUACGUCCCAUUAAAAUUUUGGCAUGAGACGUUUAUUUGCACCGCAUUUAUCGUUGUAUGGAUGAGGCAUGGGUUAAUUUUGCACCUCUCAUGGCUUAUAUACAGUGCAUCAACAGUUUUAGGACUAAAAAAAGGCGAACGGUACCCCUUGGACACAAACGCGAUAUUCUUAAUAAAAAAAAAAUUUUGGUUGCAAUACCACUACCUGGUGCCAUGGGAUUAUCAAACAGGCGAAUUCGGAAACUAUGGUGUAGAUUACGUAUCCAAGUUUAUUAGGGUGUGUGCCGCACUGGAUUAUGCAAGUGAUUUGAGAAUGAUUGACAGUAGUGGUGUUAAAAACGCCCUGGAAGCGUGCUUUAAAACGAAGAAAAAUAUAAAAGAUUGUUUGUUGGAAGAAAAUUUAUCAUCAUCUGUUCCUAAAGAUCAUUAUUUAAGACCAAGUAAAUUUUAUAACGCCUCUUAGAAGUGAUGUUAAAUUAUAGUCUAUAUUAUAUGUGUAUAGCUA